GCUCCAACCAACGGAAGUAGGCGUGGCAUCGUGCAAACUAGGUUAAAGAAGAACAAACAGGGCGCAGUAACAUGUCCGGCGUGUUUCCCAGAGUUUGUGCAGCUUUGAAAUAAAUGUAACUCGAAUAAAAAGGUGGGAGCUCUCCACAGUGUUUCCAUGGCCCUCGGCUGACGUGCGGAGCGAUGCGGCACCACUGGCUGCUCCUCGGGGCUUGCGGCUGGGUGCUGCUCAUCCUCAUGUUCGUCAGCAAGUUCAUCAGCUUCAGAGCCGUGGAUGAUUAUGGAGAGAGGGUGGGUGGUCAGAGUUGGACUCUACCAGGCGUCAAGGUGAAUCAACCCAUCCCAGAUUCCAGCCAAGAAAAAGCUGCUCCCCAGCCCUCAGAUCAGCUUACUGCAGGACCGACAGUGGCAGAUUGGCAGUCAGUCGCCGAUAAGCGAAUAGAGCUGCUCUCGUCCAUGUGUAAGAACAGCAGCCUCAGGAAUUUAACUCAUGUCUCCAUCAGCAAGUUCGUCCUGGACCGCAUCUUUGUCUGCGACAAACACAAGAUCUUGUUCUGCCAGACGCCGAAAGUGGGAAACACGCAGUGGAAGAAGGUCCUCAUUGUGCUCAAUGGAGCAUUCUCCUCUGUGAAUGAGAUUCCAGAAAACCUUGUUCACGACCACGAGAAAAACGGCCUGCCCCGCCUGUCAUCGCUCACACCACAGGAAAUAACUCACAGAUUAAACACCUACUUUAAGUUCUUCAUUGUGAGGGAUCCCUUUGAGCGGCUCAUUUCUGCAUUCAAGGACAAGUUUGUGAAGAACCCUCGCUUCGAGCCCUGGUACAAACAUGACAUUGCUCCCGCCAUCAUCCGCAAAUACCGCAAGAGCCACCGUGACAGCAGCCUCGCCGCGUCUGGCCUGCACUUUGAUGACUUUGUCCGUUACUUGGGUGACGCGGAGGGACGUCGACGCAUGGACCGACAGUUUGGCGAGCACAUAAUUCACUGGGUUACUUACGCUGAGCUGUGCGCUCCGUGCGAAAUACACUACAGCGUGGUCGGCCACCACGAGACAUUGGAGCAGGAUGCCCCCCACAUCCUCAAAGCGGCAGGCAUUGAACAGCUGGUGACCUACCCGUCCAUCCCUCCUGGCAUCACCCACUACAACAGGACCAAGGUGGAGCGCUACUUCUCUACCAUCGGCAAGCGAGACAUCCGGCGUCUCUACGCACGGUACCAGGGGGACUUCCACCUGUUUGGUUACCCAAGCCCAGACUUUCUACUGAACUAAAAUGAUUAAUACUGACUAAAAUGUUUUCAUAUGAAAUAGUCUCAACAUCUUUGGUUCAUUGAGACAGAGGUGUAUAGUAGCUGACCGACUGAAAAGGCUUGUAUGCAGUAGAUGGUGCACUGUAACCAUGUUGCUCUUAUUUUAGCCACCUUUGUCGAAAUAACUGACAGGCUCUGGCUAUGCUGCCAUACUGGAAAAGUGCUGCCUCAUAUUCAAAUAUUUAAAAGUGCUGUUGCGGGGAAGGGAGCUGGAACUGAGACACAAACCUGCCGUGUCACGGUACGGUGAAGAGAGCGGAAUGAGAUUCAGCAGCGAUGAAAGCUGCCAAAUUCAUCGCUUGGUGAGAAAAGGGUCAAUUUAAAGAUCAAAUCCAGGUCAAAUAGAGAAAACAUUUGCUACCUUUUUUAUUUAUGACAGUUAUAUGUCAGAGAGGUGUACUCUUACAAUGCCAGGGAUACAGGCCCGAUACCCUGUAAUGUAGCUAUUAUAUUGCACUGGAGGGAUCACCUGUUACAAUGACUCAUCCUGUCAAUGAAAGCUGUGAACAGUGACAUUCUUCAAAUUUGUCUUUUCUGUACCUCUUGCGCUAGACAAACGCAAUGACGUGUGUAUCAGGGAUGCUAACAUUUUUUUGGACAACGAGAGUAAAAAGCAAGAAUUUAAAUUAAACAUCUUUAUGACCAUUUUUCAUUCACGUUAUUACAAAUAUUAAUGUUAACUCUUUUUAUAUCUUUUUUAUCAUAGAUUUUUGCUUUAUUUGAGGCAUAUUUACUUCUUGUAAGACACUAAAUUAUUCUUAAAAUGUCAUUGAAUUGCAUCAAAAUGGUAAAAACUGAACAGAAGACCUUGGUCGCUCCCUGGUUCAAAACUGAAGCUGCUGUUCUAGUUGCUGUGCCUCAUUGACUCCAUUUAUCGGUUUGGGAUGUUGAAGGAAAGUUGGCGCUAGAUUUUUAAAGGUUUGUUUUUUUUCUACAACAGAAAGGUACUGUGUAAAUGUUCUUAACAUGACCUGCAACUGAACAUUUGUAUUACAUGUUGCUAUUUAUAAUAUUAACUUGCUGACAAGUGGCACAAAGAAGCGUCUCGGUUGUAAGACUCUGCAACCACCUGGUGACGGUUUUGGACGACGAGUUAGUAAUAAAGCUCCAUGUGGAAGAAAAAAG